GUAAAGUAAUCAUUUUUUUUUCUUCGAAUUCUUGGGUUCCAGAGAUUUUCAUUAAGUUUUGAAAUCAUAAUCUAUUACCAUCAGAUGUCUAUUAAUAGUCUAUGAAUCAAGCUUAUGCUCAUUAAGUUAUCUCAAAUCGACAAAUUUAUGCACUUGUUUCAUGAUUAAGGCACAAAGUUUCAAUCUUUACUGUCUCUCUCUCUCUGGGCUACCGAACUCGACAAACCCAAGACCCCCUUUUACGAGGAAUCGAUCAUCCAGAAGUUUCAGAUCAAACGGAGAACGGGAACUCUUUCACAAUCAAUCGACGCCAAAUGGGAUCUGGAGCGGGCAGUUUUUUCAAGGUCAUCCUAAAAAACUUCGAUGUUCUUGCCGGGCCUCUUGUGAGUCUUGUAUAUCCUCUCUAUGCAUCAGUUAGAGCCAUAGAAACAAAGUCUCCUGUGGACGAUCAGCAAUGGCUUACUUACUGGAUUCUGUAUUCUAUGCUCACACUCUUUGAGCUUACAUUUGCAAAAGUUCUUGAAUGGAUCCCUAUCUGGCCAUAUGCAAAGUUGAUUUUGUCAUGCUGGUUGGUCAUUCCAUACUUCAGUGGUGCUGCAUAUGUGUACGAGCAUUUCGUAAGGCCUCUAUUCAUCAACAAACAGACAGUUAACAUUUGGUAUGUUCCAAAGAUGAAGGACUUCUUCAGCAAGCCUGAUGACAUCCUAACCGCUGCAGAAAAGUACAUUGCUGAAAAUGGGACUGAAGACCUCCAAAACAUCAUCAACAGGGCUGAUAAGGCUCGAACAAGUAACCGUUACAUGAGCUACACUGAGAACCACGACCACGACCACGAUUACAACCACGAUUACUGGCACUAGUCUAUAUCAUGUGUUGGAGGAGGGUAAGAUAGGAUAAUCUUUUGGCUGUCAGUUGGUUGAUGCUGUGUGAUAGUGUUUAUCUGUAUGUUUUGUAUUUGUUCAUAUGAAACACUAAACACUCCGUAAGUGUAAGAUAUUCCUUCUAAGUAGUUGGUCUAAUAUUAUUAAUGGCUUCUGGAGCUUUGAUGUCUUA